AUGCCUUCAAAGCCCCGGUUUUUCGUCCUUCAGAAGCCCUUGCCUGCCACCGACACUACCAGCCUUCUAGGUCGCGUCGUGGAGUCAAAGAAGUCUCCCCAGGGCCUCUUGACACCUCAAUCGUUGCCAGGUGUGCCACUUCACACGAACAAUCUUACCCUCCCAGAACCAACGGUUUCUACACAUGUUAUCGAUCGCGCGACAGUUAUAAAACAGCGGAGCAUUUAUGGCCGACUAAGUACACGCCAUAAGGCUGAGCUCCACAGCUAUAAGGAGCAGUAUGAGGCUUUCGAAUGCGACAAGUUAACACAUCAUACUCUUCCAAACCCUCAAUUCGCCUUCCGAGACCUGAUGACGAACGAUCAAUACGCAGCUAAUGUUCGUCCGAUCCUCGAACGGGCAUGGCCAUGGCACGCCUACCUCGUCACUGGCUUUCUCGUCGCCGUCAACGCAAAAUGGACCACGCAAUCGACGACAGAACGAGGUGCCGGGGCCAGUGCCUCAACCUCAAACGGACAAUAUCGAGAGUUGAUAGCAGCGGGCGAAAAUGUCAUUGCCUUAUCGUACUCACUUGUAAGACCCUCGGUCUCGCUGACUACAACGGCACCAUUUGUGACGAAGAAGUUCAGGAUUGGUGCGCCUGUGCGUGCGAAGACUCUUCACAAGUUCAUAGGGGAUGAGAGCAAGGAGUUUGUAGUCGAGGAUUCUGCCGAGAAGGAUUUGUCCGAAUCAGAGAUAGGCUGAGGCAACUGUUCUCUAAUCGGACGAAGC